CACGAGCCAUGCAUUUCUCAUUCCUCCGAGUCGUCGCAGUCGUCGCAGCUUUGACAAGAUCUACGUCUGUCACUGCCGCAAAGUGUGCGAUUAUAGGCCAGGCUUGUGGCACGACCAGCCCGACAGGCCUCAUAUGCUGCGAUGACAUGUUCUGUGGGCCUACUGUGAGUAUGAGUCGUUCGCUUUGCAUCCAAAAUUCAACCCCACGACUCACCUUUGCGCCUUGUACCAAUAGAAGUCCGGAAAUUCUUCCACAUACUGCGAGGAACCUUGAAAGUCCAGAUGAGUUUGGCAAACUGAGCAUACCACAAUAG